ACACUGAGGUGAAUAAUUGUUUUAGUACAUACCGCACAAGCUGAAUAACUAGCGGACCAAAGAGCAACUUUAUUUGUGACAAGAUACUGACAAAUGAUCGGACAAAAAAAUUCGCGCGCUUGGAGGUGAAUAGUACUUGGCUAAUCACCUCCGAGCUAGCCAAUCAGCGAGCGCGAAGAGCGCUAUUCACUUGUAUGGUAUAUACUAACGCAGUUUAGCACAUGAAGAGACCAUGUGCUUACGACAACAAGAACUGCAUAAAAACGGCAAAUUUGCGAGGUGAGAACAAACUGAUUCUAACUCCAAUAGUUUAUUGAGGAUCCGUCAGCUAGUCAUCUGAUACAGAUUUAUUUCGUCUGAUAAUGUAAUCUAUAUUUUUGCAAAUUACAACUACUGGUUCUAACAAUUGGAACCUGUGCUACGCCAGAUACGAAAAAUCAUUAAAAGACACCCUUUAGAUGUGGCCAAAAAUAUGUGGAAAUAAUUCCUCAUUUUUAAAAUGCAGCAGCAACAGACCCCGAGGAAAGGGUACGAAAUCAAUAACGUAGAACAUUUACAAUUAUACAUACAAGCUGUUAUAACAAAAGCUUAAUAAAAAAGAAGACGAACAUGAAGACUGAUUAACCUAGAAUGGCCUAAAUCUCCCGCCAAAUGCUUAAACAGUCCCUAGACGUCCCAUGACACCCCGCGAGCCUCUCCAUCGUGCCGUCAGAAUUGUAAUUUCUGCCUAAUUCGUCCCUCAAUCAUCAGAAAUUACAUUUUCCGGUAGCUUUCCCAACUUUAACAUUCCAUAUUGUAGUACUACAUAUGAGGAAAGCUUUCAAGAAUUCUCAGCCGAUAUUGCAUAAUAUAACAACAAAAAUACGAUGCUAAUGUAUUUCUUUAGGACUGCGAUUUAUUAAUAUUUCAUGCGUCCUGCGAAAUCCAAUGCUUCAGAAUGUGUCAAACAUUUAGACAAUUUGAUAGUUAUAGUGGGUGGUUUGUCGAGGAAAUUGCCAGGAUCUACCAUGAGAGUAAAACUAGAAAUUGACACAAAGAAACAAAUUAAUAUAAGAGUUUCUCCUUUUGUUUGUUCAAACGAAGCGGACUCUUGUCUGUUUUGAAUCCCCUACAAGCUUCGGGAAACCUCAAUGAGACUUGCCACGCUUUGACAUACUAUCAAGUGGAAUGCAAAUCUUCUUUUAGCGAUAUAAAAAUUUGACAUCGACUUUGGCCGCCAGUCUGAAGAUGAAAAUUACAAAAAAUCAUUGAAUAGCGUAUCGAAACACGACCAUUUGUUUCGUUGCACUAAGACAAUCUGCGCCCCGGGACGCGAAAAGCCUGUUCUGAUUAAACCCUCGCUAAAUUGUUAUGUUAAUUGCCUGAUUAUUCCACCUGCCGGGUUGCACUUUGCCUGAAGACGCCCAGGUUGUCACUCAAAUUUACGUUUGAUAUACCACAAUAGCAUGAACGCGAGUCGUUAAUGUUUAUGCUUUCAAUCUUAAGCGGGUUCACGGGUUCAGGGAACAUAUAGGCGGACGAGGCGGUCACAACACGGCAAUGGCGGACCCCGAAAGUACGGCGGCCUUUCUUGUCAAGACUGUGCUUGGACGCGGCGUAACUGUUUUAUUCACAGGAAGAGAGGGAACAUUGGUCCUAGCUGCAAGACUAUUCCUGAAGAUUUGAAACUAUGCUCCACCCUUUGUUUCUCGUCUUCACUCUCUGCCAGUUCGCUUCUGAAUCCCAUGCCAUAUUUCUCCCUUAUUGGUCGAAAAGAAACCACUCGGAGUCUUCAUUCCACAUUCCAUACACUUCUCUGGCCCUGGACGGCCCAAACAUGUUUGGCACAAAGCUUCAAUACUACCGGGACUUGUCGAAAAACUACUCCAUGGAUUACCGCUGUGCAAAUGGACUGCCGAUCUCCAUCGCUUGGCACCAGUACUCCCCAUACACUACGGUUAUUCAAACGAAGUACAAAGGAAUUUCAGGAUUAACUGUGGACGGAAUGUUUCCAGGAAUUCUAAAUGCUGUUGUAUCGGACUGCUGCCAUAAGGAUACCCAAGUGUCCUUUGGAAAGUUACUGAAAUCAGUACGGAACGCUGAGAAACAUAUUCAGGAAGACACCUUUGAUAUGACGUUUCCUCUCUAUGGCUAUGAUGCCUCUUCCGAUUCGUUCAGGGACCGUGCGUUUAUCAGUGUGGUGAGGGCUCCCCGCGUCAUCCUCCUAGUACACAAUGAACAACAAACGAAGACUCAGACUCACGUGUUGAUUACGACCAUCGCCAACGCCUGGCCGAUGUUGCUUUUUAUUCUUGUAACAGCCUCACUCUCUGGUAUUAUUAUUUGGUUUCUGGACCACGCUAGUAACCCUGGAGAAUUUCCACCACCGUUUCUACGAGGAUCCUGGGAAGGCUUCUGGUGGGCUCUUGUUACCAUGACGACAGUUGGGUAUGGUGAUCGCUCGCCCAAGUCAGCCCUGGGCCGCGUGUUUUGCAUUCUGUGGAUUAUAACUGGUGUUAUCAUCAUUUCGAUAUUCACAGCUCUCGUCACAGCCUCGUUAUCUGCUAGUACUUUGCAGGUUUUCAAAAUCCACGGUUCAAAGAUCGGAGCUGUGAAUGGAAGUGAAGAAUUCAAACUUGGUGUUACCAUGAAUGCUGACAUGCGAGUCUUCCCUCACGUACUUAAAAUGACGAAAGCUCUCCUAGCACACGAGAUUGACGGAGCAUUGGUUGACAACUACGUCAUCACACACUCUUUAAACCUGAUUCAAGAAGAACCAAUCAGAAUUGAGAGAUAUAUCGAUCAUAAAAUCACCUACGGAGUAGUGUUGGCUAAGAACUCCUCAAAGUUUGAGACAUGUCUUCGACACUUCUUGCAUAACAACCCUCAAGAAAUAUUUGAAAUAAUCGCUGCUAAUUUGGUGCCGCUGAAGAAUCCGACAGAUGACGAGAACCAGCAACUGAAAGCAGCGGAAGGAUUAUUUUAUCAAGAAGAUGUGUUUGAACUCGUCAUGUACGUGGGUCUUGGUGUCGCCUUCGCUUUCUUUGUGGCCGGUAUCACUUGGGAAUUCUUGUACCGGAGACCUAAAAUAAGAAACCAGCGAAUGCAGUUUGCCCCUAAAGGUACCACCUACUCAGUCAGCGACGAAGAAGUGAAACUCCACCCUUGUGACAAUUCUAACCACUCCACCCUAGAUAACAUGAUUGCUGAAUAUCAAAUGUUCCACGACCGCUGGAUCGAAGGACUGAAGAAAUUCCGUGACAAGGAAAUGGCCGCUGACCCGGCUGCUAAUGGCAACACAGAAAUGGUCGCUGUGUGAGGACGUCCGCCAUUUGUUUUUUUCUGUACUAGAGUUUGCACCGUCAAAAAGAAGAAUUUUGUCUGCUUUUAAUUCUAGAUAAUUGAGAGCCUUUUCAUUCUUGAUAUCAUUCAACCGCUUUUUUGUCGUUACAAUAUUAAUGGCCUUUUCAAGCAUUUGAAUAGCGAGAAAUGUGAAGUCAUCAACGUACUUGCCUUUAAUAUUGAAUUCUCGAACCAGCACUCGACGAAACAUACGGCAUUCGGUAAGAACAAUUGAUUUUGCAAUUCAAUGAGUUAAAAUCCCCUUCAAGUUAAUUGGUUUAACAAUGCACCUUGGUUUGGGAUUUGAAAUUGCAGAAAGGUACAUUUAUUGUCUUGUCUAUUUGCUUAUUGUUUUAAACUUCGCAAUUCUUUGUUUUGUUGAUGCUGCAGCUGUUUUUUACGUUGUUCAAAGUAAUAGUUAGGUAAAGAGCUUCGGAUAUCAAAGCUUUUCCAACGGAGAAAGUUUGGUGGGCUGCUUUGUAAGAAAGCACAUCAGAAAACUGUAAGAUAACACCAGUAGGUUACUCUGGAUGCCUUAUGAGAUCACGUGAUGUGAGAAGUUCAGUGACUUGAUGAUUACUAAGGAGGACAACAAGCCAACUCAGGAGCAGCACGAGCUGCAUUCUGGGCGCUGACGUGAGCGUGCUUCUUGUUCAGUGACAUAUCAAAACUCUGGCAUCGACAGAUGCAAGAAUUUGCACUCAUACCACUGAAAUUAUUGUUUUUAAAGAACUUAGAGGUGGUAACCUAUUAUUUACCGUUAUUAGCUUUAUAUUUUAAAACGUUUUACUUGCUUGUCGAAACUAAUGCUUUAAGCCUUGCAUAGGUUAUACAGCUGAUGAGGGUGAGUACCAUUUCACGGCCAUUUCCGGUCUCCGAUACCGGACCGAGCCUUGCCUAGCUCCUAGGCCUCGAUAUUUCGCCGCGGUCACAAUUGACCGUGAAGGCCUUGGGCAAAGCCGUACUGGAACUAGGCAAGACCGAGCCUACAGUUUUCGUGUAUUGUCGAGGUUGCCAAGCAACUGUUCGCGCCACGAAAACUUGACCAAUUUCGGAACGCUUUCGAGUGCUGACGAUUCAGUUUUAUGUUAAUAAUGAUAAACCUUUGUAUAUGCGCGGUGUGAAUUUAAAGCUACAAGCUUCUGGGCCGGUAUGUGUAAUUUAUGAUUGGAUAAUCAUAAAAAUUGGAAACUUGAAAAAUGUUUCAACGAACACUUACUGCACCAGAACUGAACCACCGAGCAGUGGCUUCCCCGCGAGUCGCGUGUACACAGCACAUAAGACAUGUUUCAAAACCCAUCCGUUAAUGAGUUGUAAAAAACUUGUUUGUUUAUAAAGGGAUUUUUUUCUAGUUCAGUUGUAAAUGAAUAUGCACCACCUUAUUUUGCGACACAGUAUAGAAAUAAUUGAAAAUGGAAUUGAAUUCCUAGUGUAUCUUGGUUAUUGAAUAUUAAAAAUCACAAUUGUUAAUUUUUCUGUAUAAA